AUGUCCUUCUUGCAUAGAGAAGUAACUGCUGCUGCUGCUGUGAGUGCUCCUGUCAAUGUAUCAGAUCCACUGCCAGCAUUGGAGCUAUACACAGUGCUGCUGUUUAUUCUCCUUUCUAUAGAUGAUCCACAUUCAAAGCAACUCACGCAGGAAUAUUUGAACCUCUAUACAGAUCCAAAGACGUCUCAUAUAGCACAUCGUGUUCGACUUGUUGGCCAGUCCCUCAUUUACUCCUUCGCGCUCACCACUAGAAAUGACAGAUCUCAAGCACGUAUUAUGAGUUCAACAACAAAAAUCAUGCGUUGGGGAGGACUGCGACCCUUCUUCAAUCGGACUAAGAUACUUAGUCCAGAAGAGGAUCCGCUGCAGAUGGAGUUCCUCAUGGGGCCAUUGAAUUCAAUUGAGGUUCUUACACAGAAGAACAGUGACAUGUUUGAUUUAGAAAGUGAAUGGCUUCUUCAUCUUUUGCAAGCUGUUCUAGCGAAAAUUCGCGACGAAGGUUCAGUUGGCUCUCUACCUGUAGAAGGAAUUCCUGUUGGACGCGGCGACACUGUUCCAUCUACUUCAUUGCUCAUUUUCGCAAUGGCAUUGAUGGCUCAGCUCUAUCCCGCGAAUUUGUAUCCUACCGUAGUGCAAUUAAUUGCGAUGGUUGACUGGAAAGGAAGUAUAAUUGAUAUCAAUGACUACAACUACAGGCAAUUCCUACUCUUUCGUCUGAUAUUUGUUUUGCUUUCGAAGUGUGGUGAACAUUUGGAGAAUAGGAAGAAAAGCGAAAAGGGAUCCGAAGGCUAG